UUGUGAACGCUUUAUGAACGAACUAUUCCUUCCUGCAUUCCAGACAGACGAAAAUCAUAAAAAUAUUUCGUUUAAUGGUAUGAUAGUAACUGUAGCGCCGUAUCUCCUCGCGCUGUUGCAAUUCAGUACGCCGCCGUUUUGUUCUGCUGUGAGAGGUUACGGUUUCCGGUCUCUACCUUAGCUCUUGUGGUGACGGGGGGCGUGCAGUUUCCCGCAGGUGCACUCUUGUUGUUCCACAUGCAACUCGGCUGGAGCGAAUGGAGGUGGACAGAUUUUCGGGCGAAUUGACGAGAGGCAUGACUGCUUCGCGAGCUCAUCACGUUCGUUCGCGAUCGGUGGGCCAGCUGCGCACCUCCGCCACUUCGGACCAGCUGACCGCCGGUGUACGCAGGAGCUUUUUGGACGAAGGCCGUCGACUGGCACCUGCCACAGAAUGCUUCUUCCCCACACCCCACAGAGGCCAAAGUCUGACGAGUUUUCUGUCAUCAGCUGACUUCAACACUUGCGGAGAACUGGACAGGGAAAAUGCGCACAUCUACGUGUCGGAAGCUCUCAUCGCGGCGUUUGAGCAGAUGCGGUGCAGUCGAGCGUUGAAUGGGGCUGAGGACGAUGAUGAUGACAGUGAUGAGGAGAUUGCUCGGUUGCGACAGCGGAUACGCAUUCGCAGGAAGGAGCGCCUUCGUGAGAAAGCCCUGCAGCAGCAACAGCAGCUGAAUAAAGGUGGCCAGCCCAGUAGUGGGUGGUGCCAUUCUCACACCGGGGCCACCACAAGCACGUCACCCCCGAGCUCGGCUUACUCAUCACCCUGCUUUCAAGUGGACCUCAGCGACAAUGAUGAUGACAUUGAUGAGUACGAGUUGUCAGACGAGUCCAACCUGUCCCAAGUGCGGGAAUGUGGAAUGUCCCUCUCCCUGGCCUCGCUCUAUUCAGAUGCAGAUUUGCAGAAGACGUCAUCAGUGUGUUGGCCUCGGGAAGACAACAUUCAAACGGGCUCCUCUGCCGAGGCUGUGGCCCUGAACCUGCUCAGGCGCUUCUCCGAGAAGCAGCUGCCCAAGGCGUCCGACUUGCAGUGGCUGGUCUCUGAGCAGGAUGCUGCCCAGUCGUUGCUGCCCCUGCCUGAUGCCUGGCCUGUUUCACCCGACCAAGUAGAGGAGGACUACUAUAUGCGUCUUCGAGGGAACUCUGAGUGGGCACCACCAAGGGAACAAAUAAUCUUCAGUAUGCAGCCAGAACUGAGGCGCAAGGAUCAACUGGCCAAGCAGAACUAUCGCUGUGCCGGCUGUGGGCUGCGUGUGAACCAAGCUCAGCUGAGCCGCCUGCGCUAUUGUGAGUACCUGGGCAAGCUUUUCUGCCACUGUUGCCAUAGCAACAGCCGGGCAGUGAUCCCGGGACGUGUGCUCCAGCGCUGGGAUUUUUCACCUCAGCCGGUGUCCAACUUUGCUCGGGAUUUGCUUGACCGCAUGGCUGCGGACCCCCUGUUCGACAUUCGUGACCUGAAUACGGACCUGUACCGAAGGGUCAAGGUGCUCAACCGGUUACGGCAGUGCCGCACUGCACUGCACUACCUGCACCAGUACAUCCUCUGCUGCCGCCUGGCCACUCAGCUGCAGGACUCCCUGGGGUCAGUGCAGCAGCAUCUUCUAGACGAGCCUCACGUGUACUCCCUGGAGGAUCUAGAGCAGGCACGCCAGGGUGUUCUGUUGGCACAGCUACAGGGCUUGCAAGAUGAGUGUGAGCGCCACUGCCUGGCAUGUCCCAUUUGCACGGGCCGUGGUUUCAUCUGUGAGAUCUGCCACAAUGGAGACCAGCUGGUCUUCCCUUUCCAGCUGGCUGUAGCCGCACAGUGCACAGGCUGCCAGGCAUGCUUCCACAGAACCUGUUUUGUGCCUGGUGCCUGUCCUAAGUGCAAGCGUCUGGAGACGAGGAGGCGAAGCAUGAUGGAAGCAGACGUAGCAUCGACGUGAAGGUUCGCCUGGUCUUCAUAAUGAUAGCAACAGUGCCCUUCUGUAUAGACAACGGUUCACCUGGCAUCUGAACACAACUUCAUGUAGGACGACAUGCUUGUUGCUGCCCCGCUUGUGUGGCUUUCACGAACUGCGUGUGUGUGUUCUAGCACAAGCUGCACAAGCACUGGACCAGAAAUCUAUUUAGCGUGAUGUAUUGAGUAGCAGUUGACAAGACUUGUUCCACUGCUUGACGAGGCCUUAAAUGUGACUGAUAUGGUUCUUAUAUAACUAUGUAAGGAAGAAACACUGAACAGAUUUUUUUAAAUAAUCUUUUUGCUUAUCAGAAGAGGCCACUUUUUGUCACUUAUACUAAGUGUCGUGAGCAAACUGCCCUGCACGAAAUGUAUAAAUGGCAACUGUGCCUGGAAGUGUGAUAUGAAGACAGCAUGUUGUAAUAUAUAGGAAGAAGUAUAUCUUUUUUAUGCGUGGUAAGCUUAGAUGAGCAAUAAAUGACCAUGGCGCUAACUGCAUGCAUGCCCCCACA